AUGUUAGCAAAUUUCGUUAAAUCUUUAACACAUCGUACACAAAUUCGUUAUACAUAUGAAUUAACCAGACAACUGUGCUCCCAGCAGAGCCCCAACAAAGAGCCAAAGAACUAUGCCGACAAAAGUAAACAGGAGGAAGAUGAAGCAUUGCGAAUUGAAGCCUCUCUGUUUGAACAGGCUUCCAUAAAAUAUGAACCGGUAACAGCUGAAGAAGUUCUGCGUAAAAAUAUUAAACACAAAUUAAUAAAACGUGAGCAGCAGCAGCAGUCCAGCAAUCAAAAUGAAACCAAUCCCAGACCGAAAUUUAUACAAAAGGCCGUGCAACAACACAUGAAAAAGUCACGUCUGGAACGUGAAUCGAAAUCGCGGUUAAUUGAUGACACAGAAUUGGGUUUGCAAUAUUUAAAAUUGGAUCUCAAUGAUCCACGUUUAACCACGUUGAUGAUAUCGGCACGCUCCAAAAAACGUCGCGACAAAGAUGGACAAAUUGUAAUUGAGGGCAGACGUUUGAUUUUGGAAGCUUUGGCAUGUGAAUUGAAAUUGAAUGCGGUGAUUUUCAGUCAAAAGGAAGAAUUGGCCGAUAUCAAGGAACAACUAAAAGAGGCCUUAAAGCGUAAUCCCCAAUGUAAGGUGUACAAAGUACCGCAUCAUGAUUUGAAAACCUGGUCAACGCUGACAACACCACCUGGUGUUAUGACCCUCUUUCAAAGACCCUCACUUGAAUAUAUUGUAAAUAAAUCGGGAGAUUGUAGUACUCCAGCGCUACCAUUGACCGUGGUAUGUGAUAAUAUUCGUGAACCCAAUAACCUGGGUAGUAUUAUUCGCACCUGUGCCGCCUUGCCCUGCUUUCAAAUUGUCAUAACGAAAGGUUGCUGCGAUCCAUGGGAAUCGAAGGCGUUGCGUGGCGGUUGUGGUGGUCAUUUUCGUGUACCCAUCCGUGAUGAUGUUAGUUGGGAAAAUGUCCCGCUAAUGAUACCACCCGAGCUGGCGGAUAAUUGUCAUAUAUUUAUUGCUGAGAACAAUAGGGAAAAGCUGAUGUCUAAUAAUUUCGAUGUUGUUGAUUAUUCGGAAGUGCAACAAAUUGGAGGGCAUAAUGUUGUGGUUAUUGGUGGCGAGAGUCAUGGUGUUAGCCAAGAUGCUUUUCGAUUCAUGUCCACAGUCGGAUCUCGCGGGAAAUGUAUUAACAUACCCCUGGCCGAGGGUUUCGACAGUUUAAAUGUGGCCUCAGCCUUAACCCUCAUACUGUAUGAGCUGCGUAAAAAUAUUCUCCAAGCAGAAAAAUUGAAAUCCAUCAACUCCGAGUCCUCCUCCACCACCACAUCAACCCCAACAGAACCCUAA